GCCAGCAGGGUUUUCCGGUCCUCCCGCAUUUGCAACGGAAGGAGUGGUAGUAAUUGCCAUUUGUUCGUCUCACUGAGAGGGCUCUUGCGUGUAUUUUGUUCUCACACUCGUGUGUACUUUGCUUUCACUCCACCUCACUUUCCUUCUGCAUUACCCAUGUACCAGGUAAAGCCGUAUCACGGGGUGAGUGGAUCUCUGUGUGUAGAGCUACCCACAUGCAUGUACCGGGUCCCUAAUAUACACGCCAAGAACCGAAGCGCGGCCUUCACCGAGGGCCCGGCGGGGCACGUGCAGGAAGAGGCUGACCCAUCUCUUCAGGCUCUUGAGUCCCGCCAGGAAGAGAUCUUAAAACGUUUAUAUGAAUUGAAAUCUGCUGUUGAUGGGCUCUCCAAGAUGAUACAAACACCAGAUGCAGACUUUGAUGUGACGAACAUGAUCCAAACUAAGGAAUGCACUACUUUAACUACAAGUGCAGUAGACUUAGAUUCAAUGCUUGGGAAGGAUUAUGGAGCAUUGAAAGACAUAGUGAUCAAUGCAAACCCCAAUCUGCCUCCACUCUCCUUGCUGGUGCUACACAGCUUCCUCUGUGAACACUACAAGAUACUGUCAACUGUUCAUGUGCAUUCAUCUGUAAAGAACGUUCCUGAAAAUCUUUUGAAGUGUUUUGGAGAACAGUCUAAGAACCAGUCACGUCAGGAGUAUCAAUUGGGCUUUACUUUAAUUUGGAAGGAUGUGCCAAAGCCCCAGAUGAAGUUCAGUAUUCAAACAAUGUGUCCUAUUGAAGGUGAAGGGACCAUUGCUCGAUUUUUGUCCUCACUGCUUGGCCAGACACAUGAUGCUGUUACUCUAACACUUAUAGAUCGCUGGAUAGAUAUGACUUUUUUUCAAUUGAAAGAAGGAAGCAGUAAAGAAAAAGCAGAUGUCUUACACUCUAUUAGCUCUGCUCUUGGCAGAGGUCCCUGGCUGGUGGGAAAUGAACUCACUGUAGCAGACAUUGUAGCUUGGGGUGUACUUCAGCAAUCAGGUGGCCCUAAUUCUGUUCCAACUGAUAUUCAAAAAUGGAUGAAAUCAUGUGAAAACUUGGCCUCUUUUAACAGUGCCCUGAAACUCCUGAAAUAAAUUCUUAGAAUACAUUUUACAAGUGGCAGGACUAAAAACUGGUACUGCCUCAUGGCCUAUUAGUAAAUGCACUUAUACUAAAAUUGAUGUCUUAGAGCCAGAUGUCAAACACUAAUAAAAUUAUCAUAGAACUUGCGGCUCCUCUGUUACAUAAAUUUUCUAAUAGCUAGUUAAUGUUAACAAAGAAACCUUAUAAGUAAAAAUAUUACAGGUUUUAAACCUUGAUUUUAAUGUUACUCUGUACAUACAGAUUAAGAAAAUUAAGAAGAAUGGUCCCAACCACACACAAUUUGUGAAAUGUAUUUGUAUUCCAAUAGAUCCAACAAAAUUAACAACAAAUCAGAUAAUUUUUUAAAAAUUAUUGUGCCCAUUCUUAUACAUAAACAUCAGGGUCAAGCUGGAGAGCCCUCACUUUCUUUCACAUCUUCCUUUAUACCUUUUUCCAGAGAAAGGAGUCUUAUGGUUUCCUUGAGCUUUUCAAUUUCUUUUUCUUGUUCAACUACUUUCUUCUGUAGGACAUAAUUAAUCUGAAAAGAAAAAAAAAAUCAGUCUCCACACUGAUAACUUGCCUUCCCUAUUUCUUCUGUUCUGCCUUUUCCAGUAACCCCAAAUAGGGUUAAAAUGGUAGAAGGCUGGGUAUGGGGUGGUUGUCCCCUCCACAGGAAGCAACAAAAAUCCCCACAAGUCCUUUAUUAGAAAAACACGAAGCUACAUUUUCAUUUGGACAUAAAAAUUUUUCUUGAGAACAUAAUCCUUUAUGUAGACUUUUCAUGUGAUCCAAUUCACUUGUAAGUCAUGACAUCACCUUCCUGAUGCCAGUUCUCUUCGAGAAUGAAGGACAAAAAAACACGUGAACCAAGAAAAACAGCAAUUCUCCAUCGGUCAUCUACAGUCUUAGUUAACACGGUGUGUCAUAGCUGAAUUUAAUAAUCGCUUUUCUUUACAGGAUAUGAAAAUAAGUGUGUUGAUUUAAAUAGAACACAACAUAUUUUGCUUAAUUAGCUAUAUACCUGCUUUAAAGCUUCAAAAAUGUAAAUUACUACACUUCCCCAUUUAAUGAGUAAAAUUUUAGGGUAGUAGAAAAGACAGUUAUUCUAAAUUUGGAAAAAACUUAACCUUUAAAGAUAUAUAGCUUUUGAAAUGCCUGAAAUGUGAAUUAUAUAGCUUUUGAAAUGCCUGAAAUGUGAAUUAUUUAAUCAGCUAGUCAUUGAAUACCACCUUAUAGGGCUCUGGGAGCACAUUAUAAAAUUUUCCUCCAAGUAAUUAAAAAUAAAACUUAAUUUCUGAAAAAAGGGUAUGGUUGCAUACCAUAUGAUAAUAAUACACAAUCACUUUGUAAGGUAACACAAGAAUGGCCUGGCCAAGUCUAGAAUUUAAAAAUACUGUUAGGAAUUUAGCAAUAAUCUGGUUCAUUUAUAGAUGAUGAAUCACAUCCAGACAGGUUAAAUAACUUAGCCAAGAUCACCAUACCUGGUUAGUGGAAGAAGCAGGACUAGAAACAAGCCUCCUAAAUGCCACCUUUAAAAUUUUAUUCAGAUCAUUCUUUCCCUCCCAUUUCCCCCUACCCUACCCUCUACUUCCAGGUGAGAAAACAAGAAAAAUAAAACUUGUUACAAGCA